AUGCUUGCAGUUGCACACGCAGCCACAUAUCUUCUUCUGGAAAUUCCCGCAGAGCCACGAAGGGAAGUGAGAUCAGCCCAAUUUGGGCAUUUUAAUCCAUUCGGUGGUUUCAGUGGAAGCUCAUCGCAAGCUAACGCGGAAUCGCAGAGUUUCAAUCAAGGUGGAGGAUUCCCGGGCUUUCCGGGACAUUUUGGCGGGUCAAGCUCAAGCGCAGGGGCUCAGAGUCAGACCUUUGAGCAGGGCGGUCUUGGUGGGUUUGGUGGCUUUGGGGGGUCAUCAUCGAGUGCAGGAGCGCAAUCACAAACAUUUGAACAGGGUGGCUUUGGUGGUUUUGGGGGCUUCAGUGGAUCAGCAUCCAGUGCAAAUGCUCAAUCGCAGUCCUUCAAUUCUGGUGGUGGCUUUGGAGGCAGUGGAAGUGGAGCUUCCGCCAGUGCCAGUGCUCAGUCAUUUGAUCAGGGAUUCGGAGGAUUUGGUGGCUCAGCUGCAAGUGCAGGGGCUCAGGCGCAAUCUGUGUCAGCCUAA